AUGAUCUCAUUUGUCUUGAGUUUAAUUGCUUUAUACUUACCUCAUUGGAAAUACAUUCACUUUCGUUCAACAUUAUCGCCAAUCAUUCCAACAGACAACAAUCAUAUGGAUCCAUUGAUACGCGGUGAAAUUGAAAGAUACGCCGAUGUUCUUUUUCCUCGUGAUCAAAAACAUUCAUAUGGUUUAUCAUCUCAUUGUAUUGUUGGUGAAAAAUGUGGUCAUAAUCUUUUACCAUCAUUUUCCGACACUGAAUACACUGCUUGUCACGGAAUAAAACAUCACGAGCAGUGCAUAUUUUCUUCUCAUUCGAAUUUCUCAUCGAACAAAUGUAUUUGUCAAAGGCCGUUGUACACCAACACGAUUCGCACAUUUCUCAUUCUCGCAAUUGUUUUCGAAAGCCUAUUCUUUCUCGGCAAUUUUCUUCGCUUACAUCGUUAUAUUCCUUUUCUAAACGAUCUUCAAUUACGUAUAGUAGUCAUUGUUUCCGCUCUAUUUUCGUUCUUAUCCCUGUUGAUCAUUAUCAUUCAGCAUAAGACAUAUGAAUCAUACGAAACUUUAGUUUACUUCGAAACUAUGCGUGGAUAUUAUUCACGUCGACAAAUUUAUCCGUUUGCACACGAUUUAGAAGUUAUCAUUAACCAAAUAACAUCAAAUUUAGAUAUACAAUCAGGCUCAUCAUUUAUCUGUAUGAUCGUUGUAUUUGUGCUUACGAUUAUAUCAUUUUUUACAUCGUCAACAGUGGAAAUAAAAGUUGAAUCAAGUUUUGAUGAAGACGAGAAGAAAGACGAACAGAAAGCUUCGAUGGAACGGUUUAUACCUUAUGAACAAAUUCGUUUUCCACGGCAAACUAAAGUUUAG